GGACGGGCGCUGCGCCGCGGAGUGUUCCGCGCCACCGGUGGGGCGCGGGAGGAGCGUUCGUGGGGUCUCCCCCGUGGUUCAGGAAGCGAAGGCGUCCGUCGCCAUGAGCCUGAAGGCCCAGAUGCUGCCUGCACUGACGGCGACGACGAUGGUCAAGUCGAAGGCGCUCGAGGUCCAGAUUCUGCUCGGGAACUAUGCCGAGAACGGCUCGAACCACGGGCGCAAGACGUACAAGAAGAUCGAGCCCGUGCCCGGCCACCCCAAUGUCAAGGUCUUCGUCUACUUCUGGGACGGCCGCGACGGAGCCGACUUCUCGGGCUGGUGGUUCGGCGACCAGGUCGGGGGCUCCCAGGUGUGGGCGCGCUGCGCCUCGCAGGCGUCCACGCCGCCCCGGGUGGGCUGGAUGGUGCCGUGGGAUUCUGGAAAGGCCGAGCCCGGCCUGCUGCUCCUCGACCCAGCCAAGCCGUCGGUGACGACGCCCGUGUUGAUGAUGGGCGCGCCUCAGACUGUCGAGGAGGCGCAGGCUCGCGCGGUGGCCAACAGAAUGAAAGUGGAGGACAUGGAGGCCUUGGUCAAAGCUGUCACCGACGAAGCGAAGGGAAUGGAUGGGGUGGAGGAUGCUGCCGCCCUCAAGGAGGUCCAAAAGAAGGUCGUUGAGGCGGAGGGCAACGUGAGGGAGCUUCAGCAGGGCACGGCGCACGAGAUCGGAGAGGUCCGAAAAGGUGGUCCUUUGUGUCAGAGCGUGAUCACCGAAAUGUCCAAGGUGCUGCCAAGGAUCCAGGUGAUGACUCAGUCUCUGAAGACCCUAAACCACAAGCUGAAAGCCAAGAUCCCCAGGGAAAAGACCGCCGAGGAGCUGAAGAAAGAGGAGACGGACAAAGAGCUUUUUAGCACCGCGGAGCCAGAGGUAAACAAGGCCGUGGAGGAGGCCGGUAGCGCAUUGAACGGCAUCGCUAGACUAGCCGACGCGAUCGAGGCGGAGACAGCUGAUGCGGCCGUCGAUGCGCUGACCGAGAUCGAGUCGGCGUCCCAGGAGGCGCAGGGCAAAAUCACCGAGGCGCGCAUGACAAUCAACACGCACCUGCGUACAGCGAGGUCUUUUGUGGCCGACGUUCAAAAAAUCGCUUUGAAGGAGUUCACCGCCAAGCAGCAGGAACUCACAGAGCACCAGAAGGCUCUGAAUGUCUUCAAAGAGUAUCGGAAGCACUUUAAUGCGCAGGUGGCGGCCAGAAAGGCUUUCGUAGCCGUGGAGAAGGAGCUCGAGGGGCUCGAAGCAGAGGUUCAGAAAGCCUCCGAGUUGAAGGCCAUCUCUGAUGAGGGCGAGAAGUCCGUGGAGGCCGUCAAGGAUGCAGAGAAGCUUGUUGGGCCAGUCCUGCAGAAACUCACGGCGCACAUGAAUGGGGCUGUGGCGAGGUUCAACGUGGUGCCGGUGCUUCGAGAGAGGCUCUCCAUUUGCAAGGAGCGAUCCCUCAAGGCCCAGGCCUCCUUGCAGGAGUAUUUCAAGGUGCUGAGGCCCAAGAUCGAGGUCGUCAGCGCCGCGGAAACCCUGAAAAAUGCGCACAUCAAGGUCGGCAAGGUUGAGGAGGCGGCUGCCAAGUGCGACGAGCUCGAGAUGCCGUUCCUCAAGGGGGUGGAAGUCGAGACCGGAGAGGCGGCGACAAAGCUGUUUGCAGACUGCGACGCCGCGUCGAUGCAUGCGCAGGCGGCGCUCGGGCAGGCGACCGCGUUCCUGAGGAAGGCGCAGGCCGACGCCAAGAGCUACGUGAAUACGGAGGUGGCCGAGAAGAACGGCAAGGAGCUCGCGGAGCUGAUCGAGACCGUGGAGGCUCUGCAGAAGAAGUGCAUGUCCUUCAAGACGGCCACCGCUGAGCGCAAGACGGCGGCGGUCGUGUCGGAGGUGACGGAGCUGGUGAGCACCUGCGAGGAGAAGAUGAAGAUCUUCGCGGAGGCCGCGACGCUGUUUUCCUCAGAUUGGACCGCGAUCGGCCGGUUUGGGCAGGAGGACCUCGACAACGAGCCGCUGGAGUCGCUGAAGGAGGCGCUGGAGAAGUCGGUUGCCGCCGAGAAGGAAGCCUCCAGCGUGACCACGGAAACGCGCAAGACGAUCCAGGUCAAGGUGGUGCAGGGCCGGGUGACCGACACAGGUGGGGAGCUCGCGAAGCUCAACACAAGGAUGACCGAGCUCCAGGCGCAGCUGCAGUCGGUUCGGAAGAACGUGCUGACUGCCGAGAAGCUCAUCAAGAGCAAGGACGCGCUCGCGAGCCUGGAGGUGCAGGUGAAGGAGGCGGAGGCCGAGGCCAACAAGGUUGAGGAGAUGACGAAUCUGGAGCCCGGCGAGGAGCUGACCGAUCAAAACAUCUUGGAUAUGGAGGUCGCGUCCGCCAGCGCCUCCAAGCUGCUGAAGGACCUGCAGAAGAGGGUGGACACCACCUUGGCCACGGUAGUCCCCGGCAUGCGGCCGCAGUUCCUCGAGCUAAAGGAGAAGUGCAAGGGCGCCGAGAAGGUGCUGGACGUGGCAAAAGAGAGCACGAAGGAGCAGCGCGAGCGCGUGCUGACAGAGCACUACGUGAAGGAGGCCCAGAGACAGGCCUCGGAAGUCGAGGCCGCCAUGGAGAAGGUCAGCGAGGCCGAGCUGCCGUUCCUGAAGGGGAUCGAGGUUCUCCCGCUGGCGUCGUCCCAGGAGUGCAUCAAGGAGUCGGAGGGCGCCGCGGAGGCUGCGAAGGCGCUGAUCGCGCAGGUACGCACCUACGUGGCCGGCAAGAACGCUGAGAUCGGCCAUUUCGACAAGGUCAUGGGGGAUCCUGCCAAGGAGGAGAUGCUCGAGGUGACUCAGCGUAUCAACACAGCCUCGCAGACGCUCAACCAGUUCUGGAAGGACCUGGCCGGCAGGAAGAUGACUGCCAGACUACAGGAGACCGAGGUGAAGUUGGGCGAGCUGGAGGGUGAUGUGAAGGCCGCCGUCGAGGUCGCUGGCCCCUUCAUCAGAGGCGAGGCCGAGACCAUGGAGGUGGAGGAAGCCAACACCAUCUGCUUGAAAUACAUGGAGAUGGAGAAGGUGGUCCAAGCCAAGGUGGGCGAGAUGCGGGUGUGGCUGUCGACGACGCUGAAGGACAUCCGGCAGAGUCCAGAGCACAUGGAGAGCCUGAAGAAGCUGCAGGCGCAGUUUACCGCAUACCAGGCCGACCUUGCUGGGGCAAAGAAGUCGACGAGCGUGCACGAGCAGUGCAUCACCGCGAAGAGGAUACACCAGGAGGUGGCCGAGAUGUUGGGCGAGAUGGAGGCCGAGGUGAAGAAGAGCACUGAGGCCACGGCGCCGCUGCUGGAGAGGGGCGGCGAGGACUUCCUCGUGGCCGCCAACCUCAGGGUCGUUGCUGGGGCCCUGCUCGAGUACAUGGGCGAGAGGGGCCUCUCGAUGGCUGCUCUGCUCAAGGAGGUGGGCGACGUUCCCGCGGACUUCGCUGCCUUCGUGGGCAAGCUCCCGGAGGUGCUCGGCAAGGAGGAGCUGGGCACCACCGAGGACAGGCGGGCAGCCAUGUUCAGGCAGCUGGACAAGGACGAGGACGGCAAGCUCACCCUGGACGAGUUCGAGGCCCUGUUCGUGGUGAAGUAUGUGUGCCGGAAGGAGGUGGCUGUGACCGACACUUUCGAGACGGAGGGCGCCAGCACCCUAGGGAAGCUCAACCUGGGCGACAUAGUCCAAGGCGUUGGUCAGCCGCAUACCGACGAGAGUGGGCUGGUGCGCGUCAAGUGCCGCCUGCCGGAGGGUGACGCGACCGGUUUCGUCACGGUGAAGGGUAAUGCCGAGACCGUUUUCUUGGACCCCGUCACCGCCUUCUACGAAUUCUUUGCCGAGGCGGAAAAAACAGUGGAAGCAUGCGGCAAGGCGGUGACGAAGUCGCUGCAGGCAGUACGGGCGAAGGGCGCGGAGUUCCCUCGGGGUCCAGAGGGGGGGCGGCUGGCGGAGCUGAAGGGCGAGUUCAGCAAGCUGAUGACCCAGGCGACCGCCACCCACACCAGCCUGCUGGGCCUGAAGAAGCGGAUGGCGGUGGCCAAGGUCGAGUACAGCAAGGCCGAGACGGCGGAGCGGAAUGCGCACAUCCUGGCCAAGGAGCAGAAGGAGGCGGACCUUCUGCUCGGCCCGGCCAGGGAGCGCAUGAAGGCCACGGAGGCCUCGACGAAGGCCCUGGAGGAUGCGUGCGCUCCCCUCACCUUGCUGCAGGGGGACGCGCUGCAGGCCUUCGCAACUCCCGCAGCGGUUCUGGACGAGGCCGAGAGGCUGGCCGCCGCGGCGCAGGAGGCGGUCGCUUCCGCGAGGGCCACGGUGAAGGAGCAGCAGGCCAAGCUGAACCUCGAGCCCAGAAAGGUGAACGGCCCCGUCGUCGAGGCCAAGAAGGCCAUCAUGGCCUACCUGGCCCAGGUGGAGUCCUCGGAUAAGGCGGUUGCCAAGCUGAUCGCCGCUGUCCACGAGAAGUGCCGGGAGAUCACGGCGAGCCUCUCUCAGCAGUGUGCGGCGUCGCUGCGGGCCCUGGGCAAGCCGAACGAUGAGCUCUUCGCAGAGUUGGCGCUGCCCGAGGAGGAGCGCAUACCCGAGGAGGCGAUGCGAGCGCGCCUGCUGGCCCUGGACGGCGUGAGCCUCAAGCCAGAGCACGCCGCGCUGAUCUGCCGGCAGAUCGGGGCUGGCGGGAUUGGCAAGUUUGCGUUCCUCAGGUUCAUGCAGCGUUUUUAUGUGGUCAUGAAGUCCAGCGUUGUCACGGACGAGUUCGACAUCGAGUCCAGCAAGGUUCUGCGGAAGCUGGACGUCGACGAGGUGGUGGAGCUGAUGGAUGGGCCAAGAAAGGACGAGAAGGUUGGCCUCACGCGCAUACAGGCGAGGUGUCUCAGAGACAACGCCGAGGGCUGGAUAAGCGUUAAGGGCAACCAGGGCACCUCCUUCUUGGAGGAGGUGGACAAGCCCUACUAUGUCUGCUCGGCCAGCAUGGCGCUGGACAUGGACGCCAAGGGCAAGAGCGAGGUGCCCGUGCGCGCCCUGCUGGCGGGCGAGGCGGUGGAGCUCGUCGAGGGCCCCCUCAAGGAGAGGCUUCAGCCGAACACGCGGGCCAGGGGCAAGGCCGUGAGCGAUGGCGCGACCGGCUGGGUCACCGUCGUCAGCAGCAGAGGCGCCACCUUCCUCGAGGAGGGGCGGUUCUUCACCUGCGUGGCAGCCGUGCCGCUGACGGACGAGCUGGGCGCGAACGAGGCGAAGGUCCUCAAGCAGCUGGUGCCAGGCGAGGUGAUCGCCGCCACCGACCAGGAGCCCGCGGAGGACGACGGCGCCUUGCGGAUGAAGGCCAGGACGCUGAAGGAUGAGCUCGAAGGCUGGGUCACCAUGAAGAGCCAGACGGGACAGCCGUACGUGACCGCGAGCAGCAAGUACUACACCGUCCUGGAGGAGGUCCCCGUUCAGAAGAGCCUCGAUGCCGCGAGCGCCGCGACCGCCCGCGCGCUCGUCAAGGGGGAGGUGUUCCAGGUCCUGGAGGGCCCCAAGGAGGAGUCGUCCGUGCUCUCCCGGAGGGCCAGGGUCAAGGCGGUCGCGGAUGGCGCGGUUGGCUGGAUCACGCUCGGCGCGCAAACGCCCGAGUGGGUGCCUUAUUACACGUGCAAGCGGCCCACGCCGAUGCACACCACCGCCUCACCGGAGGGGGCGGCGGAGGUCCGGCAGCUCGCCGUCGGCGAGGAGAUCGAGCUCCUCGACGGGCCCAAGGCCGAGGGAGACGUGCUGCGGCUCCGAGGGAGGGCGAAGUCCGAUGGCGCCACUGGCUGGGUGACCAUCAGGAGCGACGGCGCCGGGGUCGACCUCGAGCCCAGCAGGGCCCUCCGCACUGGAUCACACGCUCGGGUCUCCGGCGAGGCCCUGGAGAACGACUGCGCGCACGGAGCGAGCACCCCGCUGCGGCCGUGCUCGCGGGCGAAGAACCUGGAGAUGCAGGACGACAUCCGGGCGGCGGUGGAGGACGCCGGGCCGGGCCCCGUCGGCCGCGCGCCGAGCGGCCCCCGGGCGCCGCCCGAGCUCGGGCCCGCCGCGGGCUUUUUCGCCGGCCCCGGCGCGGAGCAGCCGCCCGAGAUGCGCUCCCGCACGAGGCGCCGCCGGGAGAUGCGGGCCGCGCGAGCGAAGCGGAUGACAGAGGAGGCACGGCAGCACUGCAAGCGCUGA